AUGUCUAACGCAAGUGGAUCAUAUCUUGAAGCUUCGUCUAAUGAAUUAUUACUUGAAAUUUUGGAAUAUUUGGAUGUUUAUGAACUUUUCACAGCAUUUUAUGGAUUAAAUCAUCGUUUUAAUGAUCUUUUUCUAAUAUUUCUACUAUUUUUUUUCAAUCUUCGUCGUAUUGCAAUGGAAGAAUUUUAUUGGAGAGAAGAUAUUAUUAAAUUUUUACAAAACAAUAUACUAAAUCUACAAUCAUUAUUAAAAUAUGUUUUAAAAAAUGUUUUUAAACUUGAUAUGAAUAUAAAUAUUCAUUCAAUUAAUGUCAAAUGUCUUGGACAUAUGUUUCCUUCUUUACAACGAUUAAGUAUUCAAUGGGAUACUUUUCGACAAUAUCCGUCGAUUGAUGAUUUUCAUUGGCAAGAUAUUAUUCAACAAAGUUGGCUUCUAAUGCAAGAAUUCACUUUAGAUUUAAAAUGUGCAAAAAUUAGUGAACAAUUUAUAAAUACAUUUUAUCAAAAUAAAUAUUGGAUAUCAAAACAACUCAUUCCAACUGUUUGGAAACCUCAGUAUAAUUCUCAUCCAAUAUUAAAAGUUUUAUUUUAA